AUGAAGUGCUUCUUCGUUCUGCUCAUUUUAGCGAUAGCUGCCUCGCGAUGCAUCAACGGGUAUCCUAUGUCGGAUGCCAUGGCCAAACAGUACGGAAGUAACGACUUUGAUCAACCACCUGAGACAGCAGGAGGAGAGCGUAGACUAAGGAGAAAACGUUGCGUGAUGAUUUGCGUGAGAAUAAGUCCACAUCUUCUUGAUUGUCACCGCAGAUGCUAA